AUGGGAGGGGAGUGGGGACAACGGGAGGAGAGUGGGGACAACGGGAGGGGAGUGGGGACAACGGGAGGGGAGUGGGGACAACGGGAGGGGAGUGUGGACAACGGGAGGAGAGUGUGGACAACGGGAGGAGAGUGUGGACAACGGGAGGAGAGUGUGGAAAACGGGAGUGGAGUGGGGAGUGGGGUCAACGGGAGGGGGUGGGGACAACGGGAGGGGGUGGGGACAACGGGAGGGGAGUGGGGAGGGGGAGUGGGGUGGGGUCAACGGGAGUGGAGUGGGGAGUGGGGUCAACGGGAGGGGGGUGGGGACAACGGGAGGGGUGUGGGCUCAACGGGAGGGAGUGGGCACAACGGGAGGGGAGUGGGCACAACGGGAGGGGAGUGGGCACAACGGGAGUGGGCACAACGGGAGGGGAGUGGGGACAACGGGAGUUGA